AUGUCAAGCAAGAAUUCCGCGGAAAUCAACGUCGGUUUCCCCAUAUACGGACUCCGCUUUAUCAACAGCAAGACGCUUUUGGCAGUAGGUGGCGGUGGCGAAGGUAACAAUGGUAUUCCAAACAAAAUCACUGCCAUUAAGUGCCACUUCAAUGCUACCGACAAAGAUCGCCGAUUGCAGAAAUUCAGAGAGAUCACCUUGCCUUCGAACGAAGACUCGCCCAUGUGUGCGGCCGUGGCUCACGUCUCCGGUGAUGACCAUGUGCGCUACUCCAUUUUCGUUGGGUGUAACCAGUCUACUCAGUUGGUCAAGUCCAUGAGCAUCAACAAUAACUUGAGAAAGUACCUCUUUACCGACGAGGAGCACUUGCGUUUUCUGGAUGCCGUCCAAUACGAUAACAAUGUGCUGCCGGAAUCAAUUGGCGAAUACCCAAAGAUCAUCCACUUGACCCCGGAGAAUAGUGUUGGUGCACUUAUGACGUCUAAGGUUCCCUCGGAGAUUUUCAUUUUCAAUCCAGAAUCUUUGGCCUUGAUUUUACACUUCAAACCUGUUGUUUCGGGUGAGGUGAAGGACUUCCACUUGAAUUCCCAUGACGAGGGUAAAACCUUGGUUUACGUGACGGCGUCAGUCAUUGAAGCCAUUAACUCUUCCACUGGUGCUUUAGUGUCAACGUCCACGAAAGCUCCCAAGGCAACCAUUUCGAAAUUGGCAAAGUACUUUCUUUCCAAGGUUAGGUUUGUUGCUGAAUCCAAGGUGGUUGUCACAGCAGCGUUAAGAUCAGGAAAAGGUGCGGCCAUCUUCGAGUACGACCUCGUAAAACAGAAAAUUUCCAAUGAGCGAGUUAUAUCGCUGUCCAUGAAAGGUGUGGUGGCCAUUGAUAUCUCUUCUACUACUGGAGUGAUCGCUUGUGCUGGUAACGACUUCUCCGUGACAUUGAUUCGCACCUCCGACUUGAAGGUGAUCAAGAGAUUCCCCAACUUACAUAAGUUUGCCAUCACCAGCUUGAGUUUCGCUCCCAAUGGAAAACGUUUGGCCACUGGAAGUGCUUCCAACACGCUUAACGUGGUGAACAUUCCCGCCAAGAUUGGCGGAAGUUCGUUUAUCGGCUCUCUCUUCCAAUACUUGUUCUUAAUAGUAUUGGUGGCAGCAUUGGCUAUCUUUGUUCAGAAUGCGAGGGAGUCUGGCGACCUAAAUCAAUAUAUCGCCUUGUCCAAGAAGUACGGUGGGGAGGCUUUCACGCAUGCCCAAUAUUACGGCCAACAUUACGGAAAGAUUGGACUAGCACUUUCGAAGAAGUAUGGCGAGGAAUACUUUCACAAGGCCCAGCACUACGGAAAAAUCGGCUAUGAAAUUCUUAAGGACAAAUCCGUGGAGGGUUGGGAGGUGUUGAUGGACAAACUCAACAAGGAAGAGCCUACUCAAAGCUGGGUUGAUGAGGUUGAAAUUCACACUGAAAUUGCUUCCACAUUUGACGAUAUCGUCAGCGAGGUCACUGGAGAUGUGUCUCAUCUUACUGCUGGCCGCGAGAAUGAAGAUCUCGACACUGCCUCUAUUAUUAAUGCUGCUGUUAGCAGGGCUGUCGUGGUCUCCUCUUACGGCUCUUUAUCUGAAACUGAAGCUGCUAAUGUCGAGGAAACAUAUGUUCCUAUCACAGAAUCUUCUAUUCAAGACCUUCCUCUGGGAAUUGCCCCCGAAAUUGAGGAGACUCCUCUGGAAAAUGUUAAUAAUGUUGUGGAAUCUAUUGCUGAGAAGAUUGCUUCUGCUGCUGCACCUGUGGCCGAAUCUCUUAACGAGAUUUUGAAACCUUCUUCAGAGCCUCGGGAAUUUUCUGUGCAUUCUAGUGAAUCUCAGGUUGAGACCUUUGAAUCUGCUGAGACCGUUGAAUCUACUGCAACUUCAAAGGUUGAAGACAUUAUUUCACCAAAAGAACCAGCAUCCGAAACCCCUGAUUCUGUCGAAAAGAGUGAAGCUGGUACUGUUAACGAGGCUACUGCUGAGGAAGAGGCUGUCGAUGAAAUGGUCGAUGAGGUAGCUUCUGCUGAUCCAAUCAAGUCGACUACUCUGGACGAGGAGCUCACUACUGAACCUAAGGAAGCUGAGGCUGAGCAUGUUGCUCCUGAAACUUUUGAAGAUUUCAAAUCGGUACAGUCUGAAUAUCCAGAAGCCGCCGAGGAAGGACAAUCAGUUGAACCAGUCGCUGAACACCAAGCUGACGAGGUUGCUGACCUUCCUGGUGCUGAACAUAGAAAAGAGACUGUUGAUACGGAGGAGCAGCACGGGGUUAACAGCGCAGAACCAAUCAGAGUGGUGGAGGAAAUCGAAAAAGUGAUUACUAAACCACUUAACGACUCUGGUAUCGGCAAGCUGGCCACUAAACCAGAAGAUAUUGUCGAACUGCAAGUGGUAGACCCAGAGACUGAAGCUAGAAAUGAGCCAAAAGUUGACCCUAUUAGCAUUUCCGAUGCUCAGCCUGUUGAGCCUUUGAACGACCUGGUGAUCGAGCCAGCUGUCGAUCAUGAGGUUAUUGACACGAAGGAUGUGGUCGAACCAGCUUCCGAACCACUUGCUGAGCCUAUUGCUGAGCCUAUUGCUGAAUCUGAUGCCAAAGCAGCUCCAGUUGCCGAGCCCGUUCCAAUUCCCGAGCCCGUUGCUCCAGAAGUUGUUGAGCCAGUUGCUAAGCCAGUCACUGAAUCAAACCAUAAUUUGCAACCAUCCGCAGCUUCUGUCACGUACAACGCACCUGUUGAUGAGAAACCCAAGGCAAGAGCCAAAACAAUAAUUGGAAUGCCAGAAUCCAAUUUCAAGCCAAGCGACAUUCUCAAUGCUCGGCCAGUGCGGCACGCUGAGGAUGCCGUUGUUCAACAGGUUGCUGAACCAGUUGCUGAACCAGUUGCUGAACCAGUUGCUGAACCAGUCAUUGAACCAGUUGCUGAACCAGUUGCUGAACCAGUUGCUGAACCAGUCAUUGAACCAGUUGCUAAGCCAGUCACUGAAUCAAACCAUAAUUCGCAACCAUCCGCAGCUUCUGUCACGUACAACGCACCUGUUGAUGAGAAACCCAAGGCAAGAGCCAAAACAAUAAUUGGAAUGCCAGAAUCCAAUUUCAAGCCAAGCGACAUUCUUAAUGCUCAGCCAGUGCGGCAUGCUGAGGAUGCGGUUAUUCAACAAGUUGUGGAACCAAAAGUUGUGCCAGCCGAACAAGAAAUUGAUGAGAUUGUUGAAGAGCCACAGCAAGCUCUGUUUACUCUGGGCCCCGCAUCCCAUGAUGAAUUAUAA